AUGACGGGCAGCAGCACGGCCGCGCUGCGCGGUGCUCUUCGGGCGAGGGGGUUCGUUCGUGCAGGGGUGCCGGAGCAGGUGGGCGCCGCGUCGAGGUGCUUGGGCAGGCGCCACGGGGCAUCUGUCACCAAGCAGGACAGGCUCCGUGCGGAGCUGACGAGCCACCUGCGCCAGGCGGAGAUCCAGGGCUGGAGCAAGGACGAGAUCCAGAGCUACCCGUGGGCGGACCCUGUCAACCGCGACGAGGCCCUGAAGGUGAUGGACGAGGUCAACAGGCUCAGGCUUGAUGUCGAGGAGAUCUACUACAAUUCGCCACCGGGCGUGCUCUACCAGCAGGCCCUCGCGCACGAGCCUGGCAGCUGCAUCGUGUCCUCCGGGGCUCUGGCUGUGUGCAGCGGGGCCAAAACUGGACGGUCGCCGAUGGACAAGCGCGUGGUCGUAGAGGAGGACUCGAAGGACGACGUGUGGUGGGGAAAGGUGAACAUCGAGCUGCCAGAGGACGCCUUCCUGACCAACCGUGAACGCGCUGUCGACUACCUGAACACCCGCGAUCGCCUGUACGUGAUCGACGGCUUCGGUGGCUGGGAUCGGGACUACAGGGUGCCAGUGCGCGUGAUUACCACUCGGGCGUACCACGCCCUCUUCAUGCAGAACAUGUUGGUGCCGCCGACGAAGGAGGAGCUCUCAGAAGAUUUCAAAAACCCCUUUGUGAUCUACAAUGCUGGCGUCUUCCCCGCGAACCGCCGCACGCAGGGUAUGACUUCCUCCACCUCCGUCGCCGUCUCGUUCAAGCGCAAGGAAAUGGUGAUCCUGGGGACCCAGUACGCGGGGGAGAUGAAGAAGGGCGUCUUCACAGUCAUGAACUACCUGAUGCCGCUGCAGCCGCGGCGAGAUCUGCCGCCAGCCGAGCGCGCCCUGCCCCUGCACGCGUCCGCCAACAUCGGGCCCGACAACGACGUCUCCAUCUUCUUCGGCCUGAGCGGGACCGGGAAGACCACGCUCAGCGCGGACCCGAAGCGCGACCUCAUCGGAGACGACGAGCACGUGUGGACCACUAAGGGCGUCUUCAACAUCGAGGGUGGCUGCUACGCCAAGACCAUCGACCUGUCUCCAGAGAAGGAGCCCGAGGUGCACGCGGCCAUAAGGUACGGCUCCGUGCUCGAGAACGUGGUCUGGGACGAGUCCACUGGUGAAGUGGACUACAGCGACGUCUCGCUCACCGAGAACACCCGCGCGUCCUACCCGCUGCAGUUCAUGCCCAACGCCCGCAUUCCGGCCACGGUUGAUCAUCAACCGAAGCGCGUCAUUCUCCUGACGUGUGAUGCCUUCGGCGUCCUGCCCCCCAUUUCGAAGUUGACUCCAGAGCAGGUCAUGUACCACUUCAUCUCGGGCUACACUGCCAAGGUGGCUGGUACGGAGAUGGGCGUCACGGAACCGCAGGCCACCUUUUCAGCGUGCUUCGGUGCUCCCUUCCUGGUGUGGCACCCCUACGUCUACGCUGAGAUGCUGGCUGCGAAGCUUGAAAAGAGCGGAGCCCCUGCGUACUUGGUGAACACGGGUUGGACUGGCGGGGCGUACGGCGCUGGCAGCCGCAUGAGCCUGAAGGACACACGACAGCUCAUCGACGCCAUCCACGACGGCUCCUUGGAAGACAUGCAGUGGGAGGAAAUGCCCAUCUUCGGUCUGCAGGUGCCGUCGACGAGGAUCAAGGAUGUCUCGCUCGAGACUCUCCAGCCGUUGAAAGCGUGGAAAAUGAACGGGCAGUCCGAAGGCAAGUUCCAGGAGACGGCGCUUGGCCUGGCGAAAUUGUUCCAGGGUAAUUUCCAGGAGUACGCCGACCUGUGCUCCCCAGAAGUCAUCGCCGCUGGACCCAAGGCUUGA